CAACUGAGAAUGCUCAUUUAGCAGUCAGUAGUCGCACAGUCCAGAGCUAACCACCAUGAUGGCAUUUGCUGGUUUACCAAGCAAAGAAAAAUCAUCCGCCUUCACGCCAUUUCGAAUGGAAACAACAGGAAAUAACUGUGUUCAAGAAAUUAGCUCCCCGAUGCCUUUUUACCAGACACACUCCCCGCCUGGUUCGCCGCAUUUCCUGCCAUUUCCACCAUGUUACGCCAGUCAGUUCUACACCGAGUUCAGCUACAUUCAUCGGCGAGAAGAGAGCAAGAUGCAGGCCAACAUCACCAACUCUUUUUUUCACUCAUCUGUGUUCGGCUAUCACGUAACAGAAGAAGAAAAACCGAGUCAGUCUUACAUUGGGUUGAUUGGCAAAGCAAUUAUGAGUGUUCCCCAGAAGAAACUCGUACUCAGUGAUAUCUACAACUACAUUUUGACACAUUACCCGUAUUUCCGCAACAAGGGAGCGGGAUGGCGAAACAGCAUCCGGCACAAUCUUAGCCUGAAUGAGUGCUUCGUUAAAGUAGGACGUAGCCCGAACGGGAAAGGACAUUUUUGGGCGAUUAAUCCUGAAAAUUACGAGGACUUUAGUAAGGGCGAGUACAGACGAAAGAGGGUGAGCAAGAAACGAACGGCUUCAACUGAUGGCGUGGCCAGAACGAGCGAGAAAGACAGAAUUGUCGAGAAGAAGCCCGAUGAACAAGUAACGUGCACUAAGAGGGCGCGUAAGCAAGAUCAAUACAAAGAACUUCUAACGGGGCUAUUGACUACAGCAAAAUUUGGUUUUCCGAAAAUUUGCGAGUCAAAACCUACCGAAUACCGAGGCUUCCACAUUGAGAACAUUCUUUCUGGGAUCAAAACCGAAAAACGGGUGUAGUCUAGGAAUAUUUUUAAUAUGUAUAACUUGAUAGUUAUCUUAAUUUGUAAAUAGUGAAUAUGGAAUUAAUAUGUUUAGCGUUUUUGCAGCUGGUUAUGUCAGUAAAAGCAAAAGAUCACGAUCCAUUGUGUACAUACUUAUUAUUGAAUGAUAAAAUGAAUACAUGUGCUGCCAGGA